AACCGAACUACGCUCUCGCAUAUGUGGUCCUCGUCUCACACGAGUGUCUUCCCACACACUGCCUCAACGUCACGUACGACAAACACGGCACACGGUGCAUGAUACCAUAGCACCACUUCCCAAUUAGGACGCAAAUCCCUUCAUUCCCAUCUCAACAGGGCACAAAACCGUGAGCGCUUGAUACUUGCAUGACGACACUGAUGACACAAGGAAAACGUUGCAUGCCAUGCACUCACUACUCUGGUACGAAAAUUGGAAGAGCGCGUGAAUACGAUGCUACGGUGCACUGGGACGCAGGCUGGAGAAAUGACCUUCGCUACCCAUCAAUCCAUCCAUCCAUCAAUCAUUCGCAAACGCACAAGACGGCACAAAACCACGUCUCAACCACCGAUCCGAAUCUCGGCCGUCACGUGCUCACUGCACUGAAUUUUGUGCAUAGAAGAAGUUAGCGCCGAUGAGCUUCAGAUCGUUCUUGUCUGCCCAUGAUGCCACCUGGGUGCACACACCGAUCGAUUUGGGCGGUAAGACCCUAUGUAAUACAUCUCAUCGUUCGUUCAUGUACCUUGAAGCGGGGUCUGUCGAGCGGGGCCGUUGGCGUCUUGGCACUCGCCUCCUGGCGGUACAGCAGAAAGCAAUACCGGUGCAUUCCAGUCUUGGGCGGCGCUCCAGGUCCAAAGUACGGCACAAGCGUCGUUGGAUCCUUCAAUUCGAUAGCUGUGGGGAUUGACAGGACACGACAAGUACAGCAAAGAUAGGCAGGCCUAUAGACGUGGGUGGCCGACUCACAGUCACUGGCGACGAGCCAAUGCAGGAACUGCCCCUCGGUGGGGGCCUGACGGGAUGGCGCGUCCGGAUCCACCUGCAAGAAUCGUCAAGUUAGCCAUCAUCUCCAGCUCAUGCAACCAACCCUCUCCCUAGUCCACCAUGGCCAAGAUGUAGCUGCAACACAUGAGAAUCCACGCAUGGAUUCAAUGCAACCAUAAUCUCAUCUGUGGGACCCUCUGUGGUCCUCCCUUCUCCGUUUCUUGCCUGCGUACCGGGCGUCUGGUCUCGGCAUGUCUCCGAUGAUGAUACUUGGGCGCUGCUUCGUCUCUGGAAUGGAACACACACGGAUGCCUGUUUCCGCUUGUGCCAGUGACGGUGUAGUCCACGCAUACCAUCCAGCGUCAGAGUGUUUCCGAACUCGACUUCCACAUUUCUUGGGUACGAGAUCUUGAUGAACGUUUCCUUGUCAAGAUCAGGCACCACAUCUGACACACAAGCCGACCAUUUCCCACUUGUGCAGACCAACAAAAGUGAGCCAUCCUGUCAGUCCUCCUGCCGUACCUCCGAUGACGCCCGAAGACCUCAGCAGCGACAGCUCCCUAUCCCUCGGAUCACCCAGAUCCUCCUUCUCCAAUGCCUGCACACACACAGCAGACCACAACAGGUACGUCCCCACUGCACCCUCACAAUCGCACCGUGAUGAGGUCGGCGGCAUCGGCAGGUGCAACGAUGGGCAGCACUCGAGGCUGCACAAUGGCGGGAGGUGUGAGGGCAGAGGCAUCGGCUGUGACGGGCGGCAGGUGAAAGGCAGCCGAACGGAGGCGAGCGCCCGUGGCAGUGCUCAGCAGCAGCGCCGCAAGGGCCACAUGGGGCAGCAUCUUUGCGGGAGGAGAAAGAUUGUACUGCAGAAACCAAGAUUCGCCUGCAGAUGACCGUUUUCUCCAGCCUCCGCGAUGCUCAAUGGACGUGUGAGCGCGCCAAAGUCACAGAUCUUCGCUGGCCGCCGCGAAG